AAGUUGCAUUUCAUUUCGUGAUCGGACGGAGGAUUGAUUGCUAGGGUUUUGAUAUCGAAGCGAAGCGUUGCGACUGCGAUUUGUUGGAAUCAGAAAGAAGCAAGGAUGAUAUACGACGUCAAUUCGCCUCUCUUCAGGUCCUUCCUCAGCCAGAAGGGCGGUUCCUCUGACAAGAGGAAAACCGAAGAGCAGAAACCAAAAGAACAGAAGCCAAAAGCCAGUGAAAACAAGCCCAUUAUGACAGAGUGAAAGCAGUGUGAUGGCUUUUGCAUGUGUUGGGGCCCUCUAGAAUUCUAUAAUGAAGUACAUGAAGGGCUUGUAUUAGGAUUUGGUUAUUAGUGUAUGAAGGGCUUGUAUUGGGAUUUGGCUACUAGCGAGACUUGUAUUUGGAUUCUAUAAGAUUUUCCUAUACUACAUUCUUAUAGAAACAGAUAUUGUGAGUUGGUUAUUGGUAAAUAUUUUGAAGUGCAAUAUGCUUAAUGUGUUGGUUCUUCAUUAAGGUUUGAUAAUUCUUGAUAAA